CGGCAUCGGAGAGCGACCUUUACCCGAGAUGCCCCCUCAGCCUCGGAGCUUGGCGAUAGGCACACGAUCGGCUCCGGCCCCACCGCACAGCGGGCUCGUAUCCUCGGUGCAGUCCUCCUGGCGUCCUCCACCGAGUCCGGCUCAGUGCCGGCUUCCACGAAGGGAAAGCAGGGAAGGCAGGAGCUCCGUGGACAUGAUGGAGCUGCGGAAUGCGGACGGCUCCUUGGAGAAAUUGGGUUUCUGGGUGGAUAGGACACCUGUUCAUGAAGCUGCCCAGCAGGGUGAAACAUUGCAGCUACAGCAACUGAUUGAGAAUGGUGCCUGUGUCAACCUGGCCACUGUGGACUCCAUCACACCUCUGCAUGAGGCUAGCCUUCAGGGUCAGACACAAUGUGUGAAACUUCUUCUGGCUGCUGGAGCCCAGGUGGAUGCCCGGAACAUUGAUGGUAGUACUCCUCUUUGUGAUGCCUGUGCCUCGGGUAGCAUUGAAUGUGUGAAGCUGCUGCUUUCUCAUGGGGCAAAAGUCAACCCACCACUGUAUACUGCAUCUCCACUACAUGAAGCCUGCAUGAGUGGAAGUUCUGAAUGUGUGCGGCUUCUCAUUGAUGUUGGGGCUAAUCUAGAAGCCCAUGAUUGCCAUUUUGGUACCCCAUUACAUGUUGCCUGUGCAAGGGAGCAUCUGGAUUGUGUGAAAGUGCUGCUUAAUGCAGGAGCCAAUGUGAAUGCAGCGAAAUUGCAUGAGACAGCUCUUCAUCAUGCAGCCAAAGUAAAGAAUGUAGACCUGAUUGAGAUGCUAGUUGAAUUUGGAGGCAACAUCUAUGCUCGGGACAAUCGAGGAAAGAAGCCUUCUGAUUAUACUUGGAGCAGCAGUGCCUCUGCUAAAUGCUUUGAGUAUUAUGAAAAGACACCUCUAACUUUGUCACAACUUUGCAGAGUGAGCUUAAGGAAGGCUACUGGUGUCAGAGGGCUUGAGAAAAUUGCCAAGCUGAAUAUUCCUCCAAGGCUAAUUAAUUACCUUUCAUACAACUAAAACAAAGACAUGGAAGACAGAAGUCAUCUUGGGAUUUCAUCCUGUGUUGCUACUAUUACUCUUCCCAACAUCUGGCAAAGAAAUGACUUUUGUGUCCGUAGUGGUAUUAAUACCAUAUACAGAACAUUUCCACUUGUCCCUCUGUUCUAUCAGAGAAAUUAUUUCAAAUGUAAUAAGAAAGUACUAACUCUUAGUUCUUUAUAGUAAACAUGCUUUUGAGAUAGUGCAUCUUGUAAUUUGUACUUUAAUCUUGUCACUGGCACAACCACCAAGUUAGUGAGUGGAAAGGAAGUUGCUAUAGUCUGGGCUUCCUUUAUUUGAUGAACUUCCCCCAAAGUGACUCAUAGUACAAAGUAUAACUCAGAGAAGAGAGGGAAAAUGCCAGUUGUGGAUCUCUCUAUGGAGACUUCUGAGGCUCCCUAUCUUUCUCAUAACUGGUAGGAAUUCCUGUUGAUGUUUGGUACCCUAGUAUAACUUGAUUCCAUUUCACACUUAGCUUCUUUAGGAUUAUGUGUUUAUAGAUAAGGGUAGGUUGUGGCUCAAAUGCCUUGGGAAAACUUAAGGGCAUCCCUUUACAUCAUUGACAACAGGACUCUGAAAUAACCGCUUUAUCAAUACCCGUCCAUUUGGAUACCCUGUUUUGCAUAGUAUCAGGGUAUACAAAAGCUCACUGAGGCUAAGGGGAUUUCUGUUUCUCAGGAAGCUUUUUAUGAGUCUGAGUUGUGGAGAAUGAUGGCUGCAGCCUGGUAAUGAUGUUUGCAUUGAUUACAAGGAGUUCAGUCUACCAGUGGUUUAUUUCAAGACUGAAGGCCUGGUGAAGAACAGCAUACUAUUUUCACAGGAGAAGAAGAACCCACUGCCUUUACAAUGGCUGAAGAUUUAGCUUUUUUCAAGGUGGUUCCCUGUCUCAUAGGUAAAGUUAAAACCUCGUUUGGAUAGUCUUAAAAACCUAGUUAAUACACUGUUAUAAGAAAUUAUAAAAUAAAUGCCUUGUUCAUGUUUAGUUGCUUUUAACUAACUGAAAAUUCUUCUUAAGCAAUUAAGUAUAAUAACAUUUGCACAUAAUAAAAUACCUACUACCUUCCUCAACCCUACUUCACCCCCAAAUCCAGACUUCAGUAAAAAUCAUCAGUCAAUAAAGGAACAAUGUUGUA